CGGGGCGCUCAGGUCCCCUGCUCUGGCCUGACUCCUAAUACUACAGAGGGUACUAAGGACCCGGUUCGUACGCCCCAGGCAGCCCCUGGGACCGAAGCGACUGAGGCCUGGGUUCUGGACUCGGUUUUCUGAGACGUUGCGGGCGCCCUGAGGGCGGGGGCACGCGGGCUGGCGGGAGUUUUGGUUCGGGUGUUUUCGAGGAUUGAAGUUUGAGGCUUUGUCGUACAUCCAGGGCCAUAGUGACAUAUGUGUCCCCUUUACUUUUGGCCUUUGCGCUGUCUGGGCUCUCUUGAAAUGUUUCAAGCCUUUUCAGUGGGCAGCCUUCCUGGUCUCUUGGACUCAAUACUGACAGAAUCUUUUCACCAAGCAAUACGUCUUAUCUUCAGCUUAGAUUCCAAAUGAAAAUGUUUGAGAGCAUUGAUUCCACAGCUGCAGAAUCUGGCAGGGAUCUCUGGUCUGAAAUCUGUUCCUGUCUGCCAAGUCCUGAGCAAGAAGAUGUGAGCAAUGCCUUCUCGGACUCCUUUGUAGAUUCCUACCCUGUGUGUAAAGAUGAAGGGGAGGCAGCAGACUUUGCUGUCCAGCCAGCUAUAAAGCCCUGGGCUCCCCUGCAGGAUUCAGAAAUGUACUUAGCAUCUCUAGAGAAAAAACUAAGAAGAAUCAAAGGUUUAAAUGAGGAAGUGACUUCCAAGGAUAUGCUUCGAACCUUGGCCCAGGCCAAAAAGGAAUGCUGGGAUCGGUUCCUCCAGGAGAAGUUAGCUUCAGAGUUUUUUGUAGAUGGACUUGAUUCUGAUGAAAGCACCUUAGAACAUUUCAAGAGGUGGCUGCAGCCAGAUAAAGUUGCCAUCAGCUCAGAGGAAGUCCAAUACCUGAUCCCUCCAGAGUCACUGGCCGAGAAGCCAGCAACCGAGGACAAGGCAGCAGCAGCAGAACAAUAAAUACCAGGCAGCUGUCUGGAGUCCAGAGGGAGCAGCUGAGAGCGCGGUGGUGGCAGCAGUGAGGAGAAAUCCGGGGAGGGAAAAAGCCCAAACUUCCAUUCCACAAAGCACACAGCUGCCAACCCUGGAGGACUUGCUCAGGGCUGACACAUGUGACUGAAAUGAUUGACCCAGCGCAUGCUGGAUCAAAAUCCCACCUUCCUCCUGGCCUGUCGGAGCUCUGCUGCUGCAAGUUAGAAGUCCGCCGAGGGUGUAAUGGACUGGGUGUGAGAGUGCUGGGAGCACAGGUGCCCUUAUGUGUAAUGGGUGCAUUAAGUGAGCCGUAGCUUUCCCAGCCUCGUCUGGAUAUGCGUGCCUGUGUCCCCAGCACUCUCCCUGUACAUUGUCGGGGGCGAGUGGGGCCAAGGAGAGCAAAGUCGGCCUCCUGGGAACUAAGCCUACAUGGGGCUUCUCUAACAAAUCUUUAGUAAACAGAGGGACUCUGGGGAAAGAGGCUGGGCUUUCCUUUGUCUGAUGUGUUCCUUGUGGAGAAAAUGGGCGAAAGAAGUGUGAAAACAUGGGGUUUAUAUCUGUGUAGAGUUUUUUAUUUCAGGCAUGGCUUAGCCCCCAACUUCCUCCUGCACUGAUUUCCAAAUUAGACUUGUAAAUGUGGGUUAGUGUUUGACACUACUCCCGCAUCAUUCCAAACUUGUUCUCUAGCAGCUUUUCUGGCUGAGCCUGCAUUUUCCUCCUUUUUAUGGUGUCCUUGUUCACAUAAACAUAUAAAGUAUAUGUUGUCCACAUGAAA